UCUGGGAAGGGAAGUCCGUACGGAACCACCCGGAAGCGGCGGCGGGACCGGGAGAUCGGGACCGGGAUCGGGAGGAUCAGGAUCGGGAUCGGGAUUAAGGGGGGCCCGGACCCCUCCAGGCUCGGCCGGGGAUGUUCCACGGGAUCGCGGGCCCGGCUGGGAUGGGCGCCCCCGGGAACAAACCGGAGCUGUACGAGGAGGUGAAGCUCUACAAGAACGCCCGGGAGAGGGAGAAGUAUGACAACAUGGCCGAGCUGUUUGCGGUGGUGAAGACGCUGCAGGCGCUGGAGAAGGCCUACAUCAAGGACUGCGUGUCCCCCAACGAGUACACGGCCGCCUGCUCCCGCCUGCUGGUGCAGUUCAAGGCGGCGCUGAAGCAGGUCCAGGGCUCCGAGAUCAGCUCCAUCGACGACUUCUGCCGCAAGUUCCGGCUGGACUGCCCCCUGGCCAUGGAGAGGAUCAAGGAGGACAGACCCAUCACCAUCAAGGACGACAAGGGCAACCUCAACCGCUGCAUCGCCGACAUCGUCUCCGUACG